UACCGCUACUUUUUACAUGUCCUUCCUUUCGACGAUCCGGUUCGCCAACGCCUUUCGUGGUUUCUAUUCGAAUCCGAAGCCACUAGAAAUCCCGUAGGAGAAGAAUACAGCGAUCCCUGAGGGCUUAUUAGAGAAGAGAAGAGAGGAGAGAGGAGAGAGGACGAGAAGGAGGAGUAGCGAAGAUGGUGAAGGUUCGGAUGAACACCGCCGACGUCGCCGCCGAGGUAAAAUGCCUCCGGCGGCUCAUUGGUAUGCGCUGCGCCAACGUCUACGACAUCACCCCCAAGACUUAUCUGUUCAAGCUGAUGAACAGCAGUGGCAUUACAGAGUCAGGAGAGAGUGAGAAGGUUUUGUUGUUGAUGGAAAGUGGUGUCAGAUUGCACACGACUCAAUAUGUCAGGGACAAAAACACAACUCCUUCUGGAUUCACUCUUAAAUUACGGAAGCACAUCCGCACAAGAAGACUUGAAGAUGUGCGGCAACUUGGAUAUGACCGUAUUGUCCUUUUCCAGUUUGGACUGGGUAGCAAUGCUCAUUUUAUUAUCCUGGAGCUGUAUGCCCAAGGAAAUAUUCUUCUCACAGAUUCUGAGUUUACUGUCAUGACGCUUCUCCGAUCGCACAGAGAUGAUGACAAAGGGUUGGCGAUUAUGUCACGCCAUCGUUAUCCAAUUGAAGCCUGUCGUGUUUUUGAAAGGACUGACUUUACGAAGUUAAAAGCAGCACUUAGAUUCGAGUUAGCUGAUGGUAAUGAAUCUUCUGAGGUUCUUGAUGCUGGUGGUGAUGCUUGUGACGAACCCACAGAACCUGCUAGUGGUAAGAACAAGAAGUUGCCUGCAUCAAAUAAGAAAAGUAAUGUUGGAACUCAGUCAAAUAAAACUACUUUAAAGACCAUUCUUGGAGAGACAUUGAGCUAUGGACCUGCACUUUCUGAACAUGUAAUAUUGGAUGCCGGCUUGCCUCCAAAUAUGAAAGUUGGGAAAGAUGCUGAUAGUAGAAUAGAGGAGGCCACCAUUCAAGCUUUGGUGCAAGCUGUUACCAGCUUUGAGGACUGGCUUGCAGAUGUUAUCUCAGGUCAAAUAGUUCCUGAAGGAUACAUUUUGAUGCAAAAUAAGGUCAUUGGGAAGAAGGAAACUUUACCCUUGCAAGAAUCUACUUCAGAUAAGAUCUAUGAUGAAUUUUGUCCCAUUCUAUUGACUCAGUUCAAAUCAAGGGAAUGCGUGAAAUUUGAGACAUUUGAUGCUGCACUAGAUGAGUUUUACAGUAAAAUUGAGAGUCAAAGGGCUGAACAGCAGCAAAAAGCAAAAGAGGGAUCUGCCGUGCAGAAGCUUAACAAGAUUCGGUUGGAUCAGGAAAACCGGGUACAUACACUGAAGAAGGAAGUUGACCAUUGCACUAAAAUGGCACAGUUGAUUGAGUACAACUUGGAAGAUGUGGAUGCAGCCAUUUUAGCUGUUCGUGUUGCUCUUGCAAAUGGGAUGGAUUGGGUAGAUCUUGCACGUAUGGUGAAGGAGGAGAGAAAAUCAGGAAAUCCUGUAGCUGGCCUCAUAGAGAAGCUCCAUCUUGAAAGAAAUUGCAUCACCCUAUUGUUAAGUAACAAUCUUGAUGAAAUGGAUGACGAUGAGAAAACCUCCCCUGUUGAGAAGGUAGAGGUUGAUCUAGCACUUUCUGCACAUGCAAAUGCUCGCCGGUGGUAUGAACUGAAGAAAAAACAGGAGAUUAAACAAGAAAAGACCAUUACAGCACACGAGAAGGCUUUCAAAGCAGCUGAGAAGAAGACACGUCUCCAACUUGCUCAGGAAAAGACUGUUGCUGCAAUCUCUCAUAUGCGUAAGGUGCACUGGUUUGAGAAAUUCAAUUGGUUUAUCAGUAGCGAAAAUUAUUUAGUUAUCAGUGGUCGUGAUGCUCAACAAAAUGAGAUGAUUGUCAAGCGAUAUAUGUCUAAAGGCGAUCUGUAUGUGCAUGCAGACUUGCAUGGAGCUUCAAGUACGGUGAUCAAGAAUCACAAACCAGAUAGUCCAAUAUCACCACUGACAUUAAAUCAAGCUGGCUGUUUUACUGUGUGUCACAGCCAGGCAUGGGACUCAAAGGUUGUAACAAGUGCUUGGUGGGUGUACCCCCAUCAAGUUAGUAAAACAGCUCCCACUGGGGAAUAUCUUACAGUUGGUAGUUUCAUGAUUCGUGGUAAAAAGAAUUUCCUUCCUCCUCACCCCCUAGUUAUGGGUUUUGGCAUUCUAUUUCGUUUGGAUGAGAGCUCUUUGGCUUCGCAUCUGAAUGAAAGGAGAGUAAGAGGUGAAGAUGAAGGUCUGCAAGAAAUGGAUGGAGCCUCUCAUAAAGAACACAAUGUUUCUGAUUCCGAUGAAGAAAUUUUGGAUGAUGCUGACACGAGUAAGGAAUUGGAUCGUCUUUCAACAUUGAGCAUAGAUAAUUCUAAAGUGGAUCCUGAUAGUACCUCUGCAAUUGAUAAUGUUUCUGUUGUUUUACCUCCUAAUCCUAAUAUUGCUAACCUAUCUGAAGAGCCUGUUAGAGACGAAGAAGGCCAACAGAAAAAUUUGCCUGGUGGAAAUUUAUCUGAUACUGAUGAAACAAGUGAACCUUCUAUUUCAUCCCAACUUGAUGUUCUCAUUGAUGAGGCUCUUGGCCUUGGUCCCACUAAACUAUCUGGUAAAGGUGCUGGGCUUGAUGUUCAUAAAUCAAAUUCAAGGGAGGAUCAUGAAUGUGAAGGGAAAAAAGCUACAGGAAGAGAGAAGCCUUACAUAUCAAAGGCAGAAAGACGUAAACUCAAGAAAGGCCAGAAUAAUAGUAGUGAUAGUGCAAGUAACUCAAACAAAAAAGAAGAGGGCAAUGAAUGUGCUCCAUCAAGUUCUCAGCUAGAUAAAAAUAAUGAGAUUCUGAAGCCAGCGAAGCAAAAGAUCACUCGUGGGCAGAAGGGCAAACUUAAGAAGAUUAAGGAAAAGUAUGCAGAACAGGAUGAAGAAGAAAGGAGAAUUCGUAUGGCAUUACUUGCUUCUGCUGGUAAAGCUCCCAAAAAAGAAAAAGACUCACAAGAUCGAGAUGGAGGAGCUGGCAAGAUUACCAGAUCAGUGACUGGUCAGCAGGAUUCCUCCAAAAUUUGUUAUAAAUGCAAAAAGUCGGGUCACCUUUCUCGGGAUUGUCAAGAAACUAUUUCGGAAACUGAUCAAUCCCAGGGUAUAGUGAAUAAGCAUGCCAACAGUGAUGUCUUUGAAGAUCUGGGUUUAGACUCGGACAAAACUACCAUUGAGAUGGAUAAGAUUGCUAUCGAGGAGGAUGGAAUCCAUGAGAUAGGGGAAGAAGAGAGGGUCAAAUUAAACGAUUUGGAUUAUCUUACAGGCAAUCCACUUCCGGAUGAUAUCUUACUGUAUGCAGUACCUGUCUGUGGCCCUUAUAAUGCAUUGCAGACAUACAAAUAUCGUGUCAAAAUAACUCCAGGCACUGCAAAGAAAGGGAAAGCUGCCAAAACUGCAAUGAAUUUGUUUAUGCAUAUGCCUGAAGUGACGAACCGCGAAAAAGAACUUAUGAAAGCUUGCACGGAGCCAGAAUUGGUGGCUGCAAUUGUUGGCAAUGCAAAGAUUACAGCACCAGGUCUAACUCAGUUAAAGCAAAAACAGAAAAAAGGUAAAAAAUCCAGCAAGGAUAAUUAGCAAAGGUUAAAAGGUCUUGGUCUGAUAUUAUCCACCUGUAGCAAGGUGGAGAUUUGAUGUAACUAUGUUGUCACUUCUUUCUUUUGCUGCUUAGCUCAUAUUUUUACCAAAUUUGAAGAAAAAAGGAUUGCAUCUUAAAUGGUUGUAGUUGCAAAUUUUGUGAAUGUAAGAAGUUCUGAAGUUCCAUUCAUAAAUGCAUGGUUGCGAACAAGUGCAUGUUUCUGUUUAA